AUGAGGGCAGUGCCUCAUAUGGAGAGUAUGAUAGCCAUAUUUAGAAGCUUAGAUGCUACUUUCAAUGCUAAAGUCUUUCAAUUCCAGUCUCCUGAUGCCGGAACAAUGUUAGAGCAGUCUCCCAUUUCUGUUAAUGCUGAUGACAAAUCAAGAAAUGAGCAAGCCGUCAAAGCCAUAGUAAGCAGCAAUGGUCCAAACAUGGAAAUUAUUAGGCGGAAUGGACAUGGAAUUCCUUGGAAUGGUGUGAAUAAUUUGAGUCUCUUGCCUUCUUCUGACAGAAAGGCAGACUUAAAAAAUGAAAGGAAUGAUGCAGAGGAAAUAGAUUUGAAUCAAGUGCAACAACAAUCGCCAGGCAGCUCUCAUUCAUCCGAUAUUAACAAAGAUAUUGUUAAAGAGACUAGUGAACUGAGAGUAAGAAAUAAUGAUAUAAAAAGCCAUAUUGCAAAGAGGUCCGUAGAAGAUAGCUCACAUGUGGCCGAAGGUCUAGUGCACCAUGCAAUUAAGCAUGAGCAUGUGUUUGAGGAAAGAGAUGUGAAGAGACAAAAGAAACUAAGCUAUGAAUUGUCAGAUACAGUCUUGCAAAGUCAUGCUACUGCCAACUCUGACUGCACUUUGGCUUGUAAAUUGAGUGAAUCUUCUUUGGUUGCUCAGCCAAAAGCAGUUUCAGAUCAACAUCUCCCGAAAGGAAGUGUUUGUGCUUUCUGCCACACAUCUAAGAUAACAGAGGGAACUGGACCAAUGCUGCACUAUGCAAAUGGAAGGGAGGUGGUGGGAGAUGUUACUUCACUUUCAAAAGCCAUACCUGUGCAUAUGAAAUGUAUUGACUG